AGAGAGAUGGAUGAUAUAAUGCUAAUUGACGUGGAUAAUCAGUUAAAUGCUGCUGCCAUCGAACAUCCUGAAGAACCAAACAUGAUUAGACAUGUUGAAUCAACAACUGAGUGGAACAACAAGCGAGAUACCUUAGCUAAUCAAAUGUGGGCAGAUUACCAAAGGAGACGCGGGGGAGCCAAUCAUUGAAUUCAUUCAUUUGAAGAUAUGGAUCUGGAGAAGAAAGGAGGUAGAAACUACCUUACCUGGACGGAUGAAAUGGAUGAAGCAAUGCUGAAUGUGUUCGUGGAGCAUUACAAUAGAGGGGAUCGUGCUCAAAAUGGGUGGAAGCCACAUGUUUACACUGCAGUUGUCAAGAAUGUUCGAGCCAAGUGCAAUGUGGAUAUCACAAAGGAGAAUGUCAUAUCAAGGUGCAAGACUAUUGAUAGACACUAUGUCAAUGUCAGCAAGAUGUUGUCAACGAGUGGUUUUGGGUGGGAGUGGAUCCAUAACAAGCUUAUGGUUGAUAGUGAGGACGUGUGGAGCAACUAUGUCAGGGCAAACAAAGAUGCCGCAUGCUACAGGCACAAGGUCAUAAAGUUUUGGGACUCUAUCAGCCUUGUCUUCUCGAAGGAUCAUGCCACCGGAACCGGAGCCAGAACUGCUGGUGAAAGUGCAGCGGAAAUGGCUGCAGAGAAUGUCAACAACAUCAACACUGAUUCUACCGCAACAUCUUCAACCCAAACAGGCGAGGAACAGAAGAGGAAAAGAUAUCAAUCGGAUGACUCAAUUGCAUCUAUGCUUGGAGAGAAACUGGAUAAUUUUACCAGUGCCUACAAAGCUGAUAUCGCUCAAGUUGCUCCUCCUGAGAAACCCUCCUCUCCUGAAGAAAUACUUGAUGCUCUCAAUGCAAUUGUGGGACUGGAUGAUGACGGCUUGCUAGCAGCUUAUGAUAUCCUCAUAGCAGAUGACCGCAAGUUCAAGGCUCUUAUGGCGCUGCCUGAAAGGAUGAAGAAGAAAUGGAUCCUCAAGCAAAUCAACCAAUGA